GAAACCGGAAACCGGAAGGGGGGCCGUGAGGACGUGUUCAGAGGAAGCCAGAGGCUGAGCGGUGGCCGGUCCGGCCGGCGACAUGGACCCCCUGUACCAGCAAACGCACAAGCAGGUCCACGAGAUCCAGUCUCGCAUGGGACGCCUGGAGACGGCAGACAAGCAGUCUGUGCAGAUAGUAGAAAACGAAAUCCAAGCAAGCAUAGACCAGAUAUUCAGCCGUCUAGAACGUCUGGAGAUUUUGUCCAGCAAGGAACCCCCUAACAAAAGGCAAAAUGCCAAACUUCGGGUCGACCAGUUAAAGUAUGAUGUCCAGCACCUGCAGACUGCGCUCAGAAACUUCCAGCAUCGGCGCCAUGCAAGGGAGCAGCAGGAGAGACAGCGAGAAGAGCUUCUGUCUCGAAUCUUCACCACUAACGGGACUCAGAAGAAGAUCCUUGACAUUGCCAACAUGCUGGGCUUGUCCAACACGGUGAUGCGGCUCAUCGAGAAGCGGGCUUUCCAGGACAAGUACUUUAUGAUUGGCGGGAUGCUGCUGACCUGUGUGGUCAUGUUCCUCGUGGUGCAGUACCUGACGUGAGCCAGCCACACUCAGUGGCUGAACAGCAUUCCCACGGCCUGCAAGUGUGUGCGCGUGAAAGAGAGAGGGGGGCCCAGAGGCCACCUUUUGAAAUGUGUGCCUGUCUGAACUGUGAAGACACUUGGGGAUGAUUGUGAUCUAAUUUCCAACCUGCUCUGUUUUCUGUGACAUCUUGGAGGGGGAGCUAGUGCCACCACCAUACGCGGUGCUUAGAAAAUGAAAGAAGUCCCAGGUCUGUCUCUCUCACUCUCGCUGUCACUGGGGGAGGGAAAGAAUGGCUUUGGUGGCUUUGUUCACACAACUGAUGCGUGCCCUGGGAAGGUGUCCACAGUGAGCCCUGCGUGCAGGACUGUCCACACGGUUCACACCUUGUCAUCAUCUGGCCUUUCUGGCUCCUGAUAGGCUGGAGCAAAAGUGAAAAGGAGAGGAAAGAAGCCUCCUUUUCUCACAUGUAGUCGAUCUCACAGUAGGUCGAUUCACAUGCUCCUGGCCACCUCCCCCAUACUCCAGUGACAUGUAGAUGACUAACUGUCAAUACUUGACACCCUUCCCUGGAAGCAGCUACCUAGGGGAAACAAGAUGCUGUUGCCGAUAACAAGAUUUUCCACACUGCAGUUGGGUGUUUCUCCUUUCUGAAGUGAGGCCAGUAUUAUUCCCUGGCAGUGUUCAGUCUUGACCCUAGUCACUGAUUUUUUCUAGUUGUUAAUAGAGUAGUUGGCUUUUAAGGUUCAGAGACUGGGGCUUGGCACCUGUGCCCAGGCCUUGUGGGCCUUUGCCUCUUAGAAAGUAGCUGUAGGCAAAGAUUUGUGAUUUUCCAGUUACAGUCUCAGCUCUAGUUUUAGUAUCUCUAAUUCUUUGGUUCCCUUCUCUUGCCUGAAAUAUAUUAGCACCUGCCAGCCAGGCCCCCAUUUUGCCCAGCCAGUGUGGGCAGAUGCCAUCGUGGAGACAUCUGUAGUGUUUAUAUCCUUGUAACACUCUGUUUUCAGGGAGUACAAUCUUUUUCCUUCUCUGACCAGCCCUGGAUUCAGGCUGUACUAAUGCCAGCUGUCUUGUGGAAUUUAGUAUAAAGCCAGUCUGUCUUGAAGUCUAUCUAACGUGAUUAAUCACUGAAAGUCCCAGAAAGACCUAGUUAGUGUAUUUUCUCAUUUACCACAGGCCUUGCCAACCCUACCAGCUUUGGGCACAGUAGCUUCAUGGCAAGACAUAAAAUGACACUCAAAAUCCUUCAGAACUAGAAACCUGCUCAGUAUUAACCCCACCUUUGGUUGUCCUGCCCCACCUGCUCUGUUAGUUUCUUGUUGCUUGAACUGUCUUCUGUCUUAUUUCCCUUCUUUUCUGUGUUCCUCUUCACCUUCCUUGUUCCCCUUCCUCCCGCUCUGUAGUCAUGUUGGUCUUUUCAGGCACAUCUGUGGUAUAGCUCCCCUUUGGUAAGUUUUCUUAAUUGUCACAGAUUAACUGAGGUUCCUGGAUGGUGAUUUCACACUUUUGGUCGGAUGAAAUCUCCAUUAUUCCUACCCCUCUGGGCCAGACGGCCCUAGCUUUCCACGGAAGGAGGGAUCUGUGACUCCUAAAAUGGGUUGGGGCCCUGCCAGAGUUCAAGCAGUGACUGGAGGGUGGACUGAGGCGUUGCAGCAUCUUUAGACCUAUAUCUGUCUAACCCUGGGGAUUCACGUUGAUAUUUCCAUUACACCCAGCACCGCUGCGGUGCCAGGGACCUAGCACAGGGCUCUUGGUAAUCCAUAAAAUGGAUUCUGAGACUACGACAGCAUGGCUGUCCUGUCCCCCAGGCACCCAAGGAUCCUGCCAGACAGCACGCUUUGGAGGAAGGUCUGCAGGGAGCAGCUGAGCCAUUUGUUCUUGAACUCUGGGAAGCAGAAGUCCCCACACCCAUCAUGCGUGGACCGAUAGGAUGUCUUUUCAUGGUGUGCACCAGUGCUUUCCACAUUUGACUAGUUGGCUUUGAUGAACUCUCAUGCUGCACCUUCAGAGCCAGUUCUCUCUAGUUUGGAAUAAAAAUUGCAGAGGUAAUUUUUGGGUCUUUACCACCUGGAGUUGGUGGACAGCAGCCAGUGUGUCUGGACAUCCAGGAGCGUUGAGACUGCAUGUUGUCACAUAACCACUUUUCUUCACACAUCUGCUUUUGGUGCCUGGUGAAAAAUAGACCUUGGCCUAACAAUGUGACUGUCUCUGCCACCUCAGAGUGUAGGGAUGGGUCCAGGCCAGUGAAGGAGCACCCUCUAGUGGAGGCAGGGGUGAAUUCUUGUGUCGAGCUGAUGCAAGAAACUCCAGUAGCCAGCGAGUGAUUUAAAACAGGUGGGUUAUCAAGAGGAACUUGGGAUCUCUUUAUUACGUGGACAUUUACUUCAGGGGGGACCGUUGUAAAUUACGUGGACAUUUACUUCAGGGGGGACCGUUGUAAGAAAAGCCAAACUACAAGAUCAAGUAAGUUAGGUGAGUCUUAAUUUUUUAGAUUUCACUGAGGGGUUCUGUCCACCCUUUGCCCUAAUGAAUUUGAAUGGGUUUGAUUUGCGAAUUUGGAUUUAGACCCAUUGUUUUUGAAGCACAUCAGCUGAAUAAAGUUGAGGUUUAUUUUAUUUAGAAAA